UUUCAGAGCGAAGCCUCGCUCUGAAUAGGAUCUGUAUAUAUAUAUAUAUAUAUAUUUUAACGGUGGGGGUUUCAAACCGACUCGAGAAAGAUCACUAAAAAUUUGGGCGGUUCACAACUCCUUUUAGGAUUCGUUGGCUCUCCUAUAAAAACGACAUGCAACCCUAAUACGCAAUAGAAUUCGAGAAAAAAAGUACCGCGUUCGUUCAAAAGCAAGGUUUUAGAGAAUUUAAGAUAUGACAGGUGUUGCUAGUGGAAGUUCACAAUUUGAUGCUCAUCAAUAUGAUGCUAAAAUGAAUCAGUUACUCUCAACUGAUGGACAAGAAUUCUUCACCUCAUUCGAUGAGGUUUAUGAGAGUUUCGACUCUAUGGGAUUGCAAGAAAAUCUCCUUAGAGGCCUUUAUGCAUAUGGUUUUGAGAAGCCUUCUGCGAUUCAGCAGAGGGGCAUUGUUCCUUUCUGCAGAGGUCUUGAUGUGAUUCAACAGGCUCAAUCCGGAACCGGGAAAACAGCAACUUUCUGCUCUGGAAUUUUGCAAAACAUUGAUUAUGAUCUUGUCCAAUGCCAGGCUUUGGCUUUGGUACCAACCAGGGAGUUGGCACGACAGAUCGAGAAGGUUAUGCGAGCACUUGGUGACUAUCUUGGCGUGAAGGUUCAUGCUUGCGUUGGUGGGACAAGUGUUCGUGAGGAUCAACGAAUUCUUCAAGCUGGUGUCCACGUUGUUAUUGGAACUCCAGGGCGUGUUCUUGACAUGUUGAAGAGGCAAUAUCUUAGGUCAGAUUGCAUUAAGAUGUUUGUAUUGGAUGAAGCUGAUGAAAUGCUUUCUCUUGGUUUCAAGGAUCAGAUCUAUGAUAUUUUCCAGCAGCUGCCAUCGAAUAUUCAGGUGGGGGUGUUUUCUGCUACUAUGCCAUCUGAAGCCCUUGAACUCACAAAGAAGUUUAUGAACAAACCUGUGAGGAUCUUAGUAAAGCGGGAUGAGCUCACUCUUGAGGGUAUCAAACAAUUUUAUGUCAAUGUUGAUAAGGAACAAUGGAAGUUCGACACACUGUGUGAUCUCUACGAGACCUUAACCAUCACCCAAUGUGUCAUCUUUGUCAACACAAGGCGCAAUGUUGACUGGCUUACUGACAAGAUGCGCAGCCGUGAUCACACCGUCUCUGCUAUCCAUGGUGAAAUGGAACAGAACACUCGUGAUAUCAUUAUGCGUGAAUUCAGAUCCGGCUCUUCUCGUGUUCUAAUAACCACUGAUCUCAUGGCUCGCGGUAUUGAUGUGCAGCAAGUAUCUCUUGUGAUAAAUUAUGAUUUGCCAACUCAACCAGAAAAUUACCUUCAUCGUAUAGGACGAAGUGGAAGAUUUGGAAGAAAAGGUGUGGCGAUCAACUUUGUGACAUCAGACAGCGAGAGAAUGCUGCAUGAUAUUAAGAACUUUUACCAAGUUGUCAUUGAGGAGCUGCCGGACAGAUUUGGUGAUCUCCUCUGAGGAGCUGAUAUUGUUUGGAGGAAUAUUUUCUUAUAGGAGUAAUAUGUAGCGUUUCCUGGUGGCAUGCUAUAGGUUUUUUGUUGUACCUUUUAUUUUAUGUUUUUGGAUAGACUAUAUAGUCCCAAUGAUAUUUUGAUCAAAGGGGCCAAUCUAUUGGGGUAGCUCAUGCCCAAUUUUGUAUUACAUAUGUAGUGCCUUUUUUUGGGACCUGCUGUAGGCUACAGAUUGUUUCAGUUAUAAUUUUCUGUUGUAAACUCUAAACUUUGUUUGGACUCACUGGUUCGCCAACGCGUUACCGGAUAAUACAGUGGGAACUAUUCUUUUUUCUGAAAAAUGGAUUGGAGGAUUUAAAAACACAGAGCAAAAAUAUGAGAACCAACUUUUAACAUACAAAGUCAGAAAACAAUUCAAACGGAAAGAACAGGAGAGGUAACAUAUUGAGAGUUAAAAUGAUCUCAUCAGAAUUUAGCUGGUGGAAAAUGGAAGCUCCCUGAUGUCCAUAUUACAAACCCUCUCGAUAUCGUGCAGCACUCUCUUCUCAUCCCUGGUCACAAAGUUAAUGGCAACACCUGUUCUUCCGAAGGUUUCAAUCCGUCGGUAUUGUUCUGGUUGAGUAGGCAAAUCAUAAUUUAUGGCUAGAGAUACUUGCUCCGCAUUGAUAUUAGAAGCCAUCAUAUCAGUACUGGUGAUCAGAACCGGGCAAGUGCCAGAAUGGAACUCACGCAUAAUCCUGUCACGAUUGAACUGGUCCAUGUCGCCAUGGAUAGCAGAGACGAUGUGUGCCUUGCUUCGCAUCUUUUGAGUAAGCCAUUCCGCUUUGAGCUAUUGGAA